AUAUUUUAUGAUAAAUAUUAAAGAUAUGAAGUCAAAUCAUACUUAAUGAAACUGAUUAAGGCUACUCAACAUACAAUUUUUUCUAUUAAAAUCUGUUUCGCUCUUCCAAAUGCUGAUAUAAAUUUUCGAUCACAAAUGCUGCAAAAUAAGCAUUUCAUCUCAUGAAAAAAUGUGGCUUAGAAGGAAAAUUAUCUUCCUUCAAACUUUGCUGUGUUUUUCCUUAGUUCCAAUCAACUGCAAAAAACUGACUGAAUACGAAUUUGUUGUUAAAGAAGCUCCUUAUAGAAGACUCUGCAGCAAGAAACCCAUAUUGACAGUGAAUGGACAAUUUCCAGGCCCAACUAUUACAGCCUACUAUGGUGAAACGAUAUAUGUAAAUGUUCACAACAAGGGGAAUUCCAACAUCACAUUGCACUGGCAUGGAGUGCAGCAACCAAGGAAUCCAUGGUCAGAUGGCCCUGAAUACAUCACCCAGUGUCCCAUCAAACCAGGAGGAAAAUUCAGGCAGAAGUUGAUUUUUUCCACUGAGGAAGGGACCCUAUGGUGGCAUGCUCAUAGUGACUGGGACAGAGCCACAGUUCAUGGACCUAUCUUUAUAUAUCCAAAAAAGGGUGAAUCCUACCCUUUUCCCACACCUGAUGCAGAAGUGGCCAUAGUAUUAGGAGAAUGGUGGAAGAGUCAAGUCAAAGAUGUUCAUGAAGAAUUUAUAAAAAAUGGAGGAACCCCAAAUACAUCUGAUGCAAUCACUAUAAACGGUCAACCUGGUGACUUUUUUCCUUGCUCAAAGUCAGAAACAUUCAAGUUAAAUGUAGACCAUGGCAAGACUUAUUUUCUGCGCAUUGUGAAUGCUGCAAUGAAUCUCAAUCUCUUUUUCUCUGUUUCAAAGCACAAUCUCACAGUUGUUGGUACUGAUAGUGGCUACACUAAGCCACUGAUAAGAGACUACAUAGUCAUAACUCCAGGGCAAACAGUGGAUGCACUAUUGCAAGCAAACCAAAAAGCUAGUGACUACUACAUGGCUGCAAGGGCAUAUUCAAGUGCAUUAAUUCCCUUUAACAAUGCCACAACCACAGCUAGAAUACACUACAUGGAGAAUCAUGCUCCAACAAAAUCUCCUCCGUUACCUUAUUUGCCUGACUAUAAUAACACAAAAGCAGUUUUUGACUACUAUGUUAGCCUCAAGGGCUUAACCGAAACAUACCCUUAUCAAGUCCCUAAAGAUAUCACCACUCAUAUUCUAACCACCCUUUCCAUUAACACACUUCCAUGCCUUGAUCACCAAACCUGUGCAGGACCAAAUGGAACACGUUUAGCCUCUAGCAUGAACAACAUAAGCUUCAAUGCCCCCAGAUUUGACAUCCUAGAAGCUUAUUACUAUCACAUCAAUGGGGUGUAUGAUAGGGGGUUUCCCAGAUUUCCACCAUUGGAAUUUGACUAUACAGCAGAGUAUUUGCCUCUGGUCCUUCAGAUGCCAAAGAGAGGAACCAAGGUUGCAGUUAUUAAAUAUGGUUCAACAGUGGAACUUGUUUUUCAAGGGACAAACUUGGUUACUGGGAUAGGCCAUCCAAUUCAUGUCCAUGGAUUUAGUCUCUUUGCUGUAGGAUUUGGGUUUGGGAAUUUUGACGAAGAGAAGGACCCCAUGACCUACAAUCUCGUUGAUCCUGCUCUUGUCAAUACAGUACUAGUGCCUAACAAUGGUUGGGCCUCCGUAAGGUUCCAUGCUCUUAACCCAGGGGUGUGGUUUGUGCAUUGCCAUCUAGAAAGACACCUCUCUUGGGGCAUGGAAACUGUGUUACUUGUGACCAAUGGAGAAGGUGAUGCUGCAUUACUACCUCCACCUCCAGAUAUGCCACCCAGUUGAAGAACAUCCUUGGUAGAAAA